GUAUUUCCAUUGUGGAUCUGUUUUUUUCUCUGCUCACCAUGAGACGCUUGUAUCCCCUGAUUCUAGUUCUUUUGUAUUUCAAGCUGAAUGAAGGAGCAAAACCUGAAGAUUGUCUAACAGGAACCAAAGCAACAACAAAUGGAUGUGAAGAUGAGAAUGAGUGUGAAUUUGGUAACAGAUGUGGUCCUAAUGCAAACUGCUACAACACAAAUGGUAGCUUCUAUUGUCUGUGUGAACCGGGGCACAGAACAAGAUCAAAGAAGGUUAAUUUUACAGAAGGGCAAUGCAAAGAUAUCAACGAGUGUUUGGGGGACCAUCAAAUCUGUGGUGAAAACACUGUGUGCAAUAACACCCUAGGUUCCUUUAACUGCUCCUGUGCUGCAGGGUUUGUUUCCAGCAAUGGACAGAAGUGGUUAGAUGUAUCCCAAAAUGUAACAUGUGUAGACAUCGAUGAGUGUAAGAACCGAAGCCUCUGUGGAAACAAUUCUGAGUGUAAUAACACCCCUGGUUCUUAUUUCUGCACUUGUGAUCCCGGUUUUUUGCCCAGAAACAAAAAAGAGACCUUUAAUGCAAGCCAAGGAGUUACAUGCACAGACAUCGAUGAGUGUUUGGAAGAUAAAAUCUGUGGUCAUAAUGCUAAGUGCCAUAACACCCCUGGUUCCAGUUACUGCACUUGUAAUUUGGGUUUUAGGCCCAGCAAUGGACAGAAGCAGUUUGAUGUAUUUAAAAGUGUUACAUGUGAAGGUGAGGUGUGUGUAAGCUUUUACACAUUUAAAACUUAUGUUAUUAAGUUUUUAGUGUUAAUUAUAAUUAUUUUAGCCACACCCAUUGCUAAAAGACAUUUAUUAUUAAUUAUAUAAAUAUAUUUUGUGCUUUCCUUUACAUUAAUGGCAUUGAAAAUAUGCUUUUAUCCAAAAUGACAUACACUGAUCAGCCAUAACAUUAAAACCACCUCCUUGUUUCUACA